AUGCGCUCCACAUUUGAUCUUCGUCUCCUUCUCGCCUCGCUCGUGUGCAGCUUGGCUCUGCUGCGCACAGCAUCCGCCAUUCCUGCCACGGAGGAUGGGCUGCUGAUGGCUCGCGGAAAUGCUGGCGUUGGCAAGAGCUGCUCCACUUCGCCGCAAUGCAAGACGGGUCUGUACUGCAAACGGGGAUCCUGCUCUGCCAAACGAGACGUCGGAGGUCCCUGCUACAAGAAUAAUGGCGUGAGUCUGUAAACGAGCUGCGCGAUUGGGGGUGAACAAGCUGCUGUGGCCCUGACUGACUGACGCGACGGAUGCCUUUGGUCUUCUCCUCGUAGUGCGUCUCGGGCAAGUGCGUCAAGUCUCGCUGUGCGGCCAUCUCGACUCCAGCGCUGCUUCCUGUCGGCUCCAAGUGCUCCACGAGCGCCGCUUGCGCCUCGGGCUACUGCGGUCGCUCCAAAUGCGCAGCCAAGCUCGCUGAUGGAGAAGGGUGCUACAAAGACGUGAGUACAGGUCCGAUGUGGACGGCGUCACUGAGUUUCAAAAGUUGGGCAAACACCGACUUGGAUCGCACUCCACCACUCACACAGAACGGCUGCACUAGCGGCAAGUGCACAAGCGGCAAGUGCGGUGCAGGAACAACGACGCCCACCAAGCCGCCGGUGAUUGUAGCGGGCAAUCGGGUAAGCAACCCGAGCUUUGAAGACGGCACGCUCGCUGCCUACACCACCAAGGGCGAUGUAAGCAUCGGCUCUGCUCCAGGCGCAGCGUACGAUGGCAAGUACUACGCCAUCCUGAAGUCUGCUCAAGGCGUGUCUGCGAGUCUAGGACAAAGUACGAGCGUAAAGCGAGCAAUCACAAAUUCUUAUCAAGUCAAAUUUCAAUAUCGCGUUCCUGCGCUGUCCAGCACAAGUCGACCAUAUUGCUACAUCGCACCAGCCAUCAACGGAGCAGCUGAAGCAGCUGCAGAGCCCCACUUUUUGGACGCUGCAGUGACUGGCUGGAGAGAGUACAGCAAGCUGUUGGAGAGCGAGCCGGCGAUCAAUAGCAUUGAAAUCUUCACGUACUGCAGCAGCACCACAACGGCUACGUUUGAUGUGGAUGCCCUCAGCUACGUACAGGAUCUGCAGGGUGGACAUCCAAACAACAUCAACAACAAGGGAAACCUCAUCUUGAAUGGCAAUUUUGGAGAGCAUGCCAAUCCCGGAGCGUACUGGAGCAUCGAAGGCAAUGUUCAAUUCACCGACGCUGGCUAUCCCGUCCACACGGUCAACCAGGAGAACAAUUACUACGCGUGAGUAGCCUGCCUCUUCACCAACGCAACGUCGCUCGAAAGUGGUCCGUGCGAUGAUUGUUGCUGUCCGCUGACCCAGCAAAUUCCGGACCUCUGGCUCUCUCUGCAUGCAGACUUUUGACCGCACCUAGCGGAGGUCUAGCAGCGAUCCGGCAAAACUACAACGUCUACCCAAUCAGCGGUGUCGAGCCAUACAGAGUCAUUCCGGGAUUCGUUCACUUCAUCUCCUCCUUUUCCCGCUCCGCAUCCACGCCCGAUGCCGUUUGUCGACUUCGCACAACCAUGAACGGUUUGGCCUACUCAGACGAUAUCGUCAUCGACGCCGCCAGUCCCGACAAUGGACCGGACCAGACCUACUUUAUCGAGCACAAUACCAUCAUUGGAAGAUUCGACCAGCCUGGACUAGACAGACCUUUUAGACUCCAAGUCGACUGCGAUCAGGGCGCACAGGCUUCCGUAAGGCUCGACCGUACCUCCAUCCUUGUCGACCGCGAAAAUUAA